UAGCUGUCCGAGCGCACGUGCAGCCUCGUCCACACGUUCCACACGUUCCGUGACAGCGGUGCACGUGCAUAGCGCUGUGUUUUUAAAGCGACUGUAAGAAGUGAGAUGCGCGAGCUGCUGAACUUUUCUCCGAGGCGUGAGAGCGCGUUAGUUAGUGGACGUGGACGUGGCCAGUCCAUCACACACACAAACACACACACACACACACACACACACACUACUACUACGUGAUUUCACGUCUUGCCGUCUACGUGUGUGAUUGCAUGAGGUGUGCAGAGUGCAAGGUUCUCUAACUGUUUGGACUUGUGUCUCGCGCAUAUAUGAGAGAGAAGCUCAGGAUCCACAGCUCGAGCUUUUAUUCAACUCUUCCCUCCGGAGCUGCUUCAUCUGCUGUGAACCUUUAACACUCCCAACAUGUCGUGUCUGUUAGUGGGGAGUCUGAAAAGGUGGGAUGUUUUGGGUUCUGCGGUUGGGGUCCGCUCGCUGGCCUCCAUCCCUUCUCUCCCCAAAGCUGUGGCUGAGUUCGUCUCCGACGCUGUGGCUGAAUGCAAACCUGCUAAAGUGCACGUGGUGACUGGCACGCCUGAGGAGAAUGCAGAUAUUCUGGCUGGCUUGGAAAAAGAAGGCAUGGUUAAAAAAUUGCCCAAGUAUAAGAACUGCUGGCUGGCUCGUACAGACCCUAAAGAUGUGGCUCGUGUGGAGAGUAAGACGGUGAUAGUCACUAAGCGGCAGAGAGACACAAUUCCCAUUCCCAGCAAUGGUGUGAAGAGCCAACUCGGCAGCUGGAUGAGCGAGGACGACUUCCAGAAAGCCAGAGAGGACCGAUUCCCUGCCAGCAUGUCAGGUCGUACUAUGUACGUGAUUCCGUUCAGCAUGGGUCCAGUGAACUCCUCUCUAGCUAAGUUUGGCGUUCAGGUGACAGAUUCUCCGUACGUGGUGGCCAGCAUGGGAAUAAUGACCCGCAUGGGCAAGCCUGUCCUGGAGAAACUUGCAGAGGGUGUGGAGUUUGUUCGCUGCCAGCACUCGUUAGGUCGACCUCUGCCGCUUAAAGCUCCGUUGAUAAACCAGUGGCCUUGUAACCCAGACAAGGUGCUGAUCUCGCAUCUCCCGGAUAGCAGGCAGAUCCUGUCUUUCGGAAGUGGUUAUGGCGGGAAUUCGCUCCUAGGAAAGAAGUGCUUUGCACUCCGUAUUGCCUCUCGCAUUGCUAAAGAUGAAGGCUGGCUAGCUGAACAUAUGCUGAUUCUGGGAAUCACAAAUCCUCAGGGUGUGAAGCGGUACAUUGCGGCAGCUUUCCCAAGUGCUUGUGGGAAAACCAACCUAGCCAUGAUGAAACCAACACUGCCAGGUUGGAAGGUGGAGUGUGUGGGAGACGAUAUUGCCUGGAUGAAGUUCGACAGUCAGGGUAAACUCAGAGCUAUUAACCCAGAGAACGGGUUCUUUGGUGUGGCCCCUGGUACCUCUCUGAAGACAAACCCUCAUGCCAUGGAAACCAUUUCGAAGAACACGAUAUUCACAAAUGUGGGUGAGAUGAGUGACGGCGGCGUUUGGUGGGAGGGUCUCGACCCGCCGGCACCUGGCAUCUCUCUGCUCGACUGGCAGGGAAAUUUAUGGAAGCCUGGUAAUUCGAAACCCUGUGCACAUCCGAACUCGAGGUUCUGUGCCCCUGCGGCCCAGUGUCCCAUCAUGGACCCCAUGUGGGAGAGCGACGAAGGAGUGCCAAUUGACGCCAUCAUAUUUGGCGGCCGGAGACCAGAGGGAGUGCCUCUGGUGUAUGAGUCAUUUAACUGGAGACAUGGAGUGUUUGUUGGUGCUGCCAUGAGAUCAGAAUCUACAGCAGCUGCAGAACAUAAAGGUAAAGUCGUCAUGCACGACCCCUUCGCUAUGCGUCCGUUCUUCGGCUACAACUUCGGCGACUACCUGAGCCACUGGCUGAGCAUGGAGACGCGGAAGGCGCCCACACAGCUCCCCAAGAUCUUCCACGUCAACUGGUUCCGGAAAGAUCCACAGACCAAGUCCUUCCUGUGGCCUGGAUUUGGAGAGAAUUCCAGAGUGCUCGAGUGGAUCUUCCGCCGCUGCGGACGCACCAGCGAAGACGAGGCAGCCAGAAAGAGCGUGAUAGGAUGGUUGCCUCAAGAGGGCGCCAUCAACACACAAGGCCUGGGCCAGAAAGUCGAUAUGGAGGCGCUCUUUGACGUUCCUAAACCUUUCUGGCAGAAAGAAGCCCAAGAGAUAAGAACCUACUUUACGCAGCAGGUGGGCGCUGACCUACCUGAGCAGCUAGAGGCAGAGCUAAGGGCACUCGAGGAGAGAGUUAGGGAUUGAACGAAAAGGACAUGAUGUUUUAAAAUACACUACAUUAAAUGUUGGCUGUAUUGUGCAAGGCAUUUUAAGCAUGAGUUGGGGAAGUAAGCAAUUGUUUAAGCUACAAUCUUUGGUCCUAAUAAUAAAAUUUUAUAAUAAUAAAAUACACCAGCGACAUAAAGCUAAGACUUAGUGACUGUAAGUCAAUGCCAUAUUGUCUUGAUGGGUUACCAAAAAAAAAUCAGCUGGAGGUUUACUCUAGUCUUACGUUUCAUCUUUGUGUUCUGACAAACGUACAUGCAAUGACGAGCAUCUAAAAGACAUUGGACCAAAAAUGUUUAGGAGAGUUAUGAAACUGUUGUUAAUGUAUUCACUUGACCUGACUGAAUAAACCACUGAAAAUCUCUUUUAUCA